GUGCCUCGUAGGUGACGGGAGUGCCAGGUCGCUCUCCUCCUCCGCUCUUCUUGCGCUCCUGGGACUGGCACUAACGCAAUGGCGAACGCACAGUUCACCAUCCCCGACUACGCCGUCUUCGUGCUCAUGCUGGUGGUGUCCGUUGCCAUCGGCGUGCACAGCGCACUCAGGGGCGGCGGCUCCUCGUCCACCCAGCAGUAUCUGUUGGGGGGGCGGCGCAUGUCACCCAUACCCGUCGCCAUUUCCCUCCUUGGCGGUAUCAUUUCUGCGAUUUCCAUAUUAGGAAAUGCGACGGAGAUGUACUACUUUGGCACGCAGUUGACCGUGAACCUUCUGGGCUGCGUGGUGGGCACCAUCAUCACACAGUGGCUAAUUCUGCCCCUCAUUUACCCUCUGCAGAUCAUCUCCAUCAAUGAGUACAUCGAGAGGCGUUUCAAGUCUUCCAAGCUUCGGAAAAUGGCCACGUCUUGCCAGCUUUUGCAGUACUCAAUAUACAUGGGUAUCUGCCUGUACGCUCCUGCUCUCACCUUGUCCACUGUCACAAGCCUUCCUACAUGGGCUUCCGUCGUCAGCAUGGGUGUCAUCUGCACUUUCUACAUCACAAUCGGUGGCGUCAAGGCAGUGGUGUACACAGACGUGGUGCAGACUCUCCUCAUGUUCUUUGGCGUGCUGGUGGUGGUGAUAAUAUGCUGUAUACGUUUAGGCGGCCCGGAUGAGGUGUGGACUAUAUCUGAACAGGGACACCGUAUCGAAUUCUUCAACAUGAACCCGAGUCCCUUCGAGCGCCACACCUUCUGGACGUCGAUGGCGCAUGGAAUCUACCUCAUAGUCGCCUAUGUUGGCCUCAAUCAGCAGACGUACCAGAGAUUUGCGUCCGUCGAGACCUUAACGAUAUCGCUCAGGUUGUGCACCUUCUUCCUGUUCGGACUGUGGGCCCUGUGGGUGCUCUUCUACUUCUCCGGCCUCGUCGCCUACGCCACCUACAGCACCUGCGACCCGCUCACGGCCGGGAGCAUCGAGAAGGCCGACCAGAUCAUCCCUUAUCUCGUGGUUGAUAAGCUGGGUCACAUCAGGGGGCUCCCGGGGCUCUUCGUGGCGGCAGUGUACGGCGGGGUCCUCAGUUCCCUCUCGUCGACGGCUAACUCGAUCGCCUGCGUGAUAUGGGAAGACUUCCUGAAGCACCGGGAAUACUUCAAGGGCAUAAGCGACCGCAGUGCCACCAACGUCAUCAAAAUGCUUUCUGUGGCGACGGGGCUGCUGGCCAUCGCCCUCGGGCUGCUGGCGGGCAACCUGGGCUCCAUCUUCCAGAUGACCCAGACGGUCCUUGGCGCCAUCUCGGGCCCGCUCAUCGGCAUCUUCAUCUCCGGCAUCUGCAUCCCCUGGGCCAACGCCAAGGGAGCGGCAGUCGGGUUCGUGGCGUCGUUCCUCUCCUGCCUGACGCUGGUGGUCGGCAAGUUCCUGAGGGGCGGCGCGUCCCCGCCGAUGCUCCCGCUCUCCGUCGCCGGCUGCAACGCCACCGACGCCGCCGUCCUGGGCCUCAACGGCACGGCCCUUGACUACGAGGGCGACGUCACCACACCCUUCUUGGAGCAGGACUUCACCACCGUUGGGCCUGACGCGCAAGACGAGUCCAAAAGCAUCUACGACAUCUCCUAUUGCUAUAAUGGAACGAUUGGCAUUCUCCUCACGGUCAUCAUCUGCAGCGUCGUCUCGCUUUUCACAGGCCCAAUGAAACCCGACGAAGUGAACCACCUGGUGAGCCCCCCCGCCGGCGCGCUCUACCGCCGCUUCUGCAAGUACCGCGAAGGGAGGCGGUACAGCGAGCGGGACACGAGGGACGAGGACGAGGACGCCGGCAUAUCCAUGGUGGUGAAGAGCACGUAGUUUAAGAUGCAACAUUUUUUUUUAUUAUUAUUAUUUUUUAUUAUUAUUUCAUUACUUUAUUAUUUUAUUAUUUAUUAUUUCUAUUAUUUAUUAUUUUUAUUAUUGCAACAUUUUUUUUUUAUGCUGAGGAUCUCUUGGUAUGUGUUCUAUGUAGGCUGAGAUGGAGUGUCUCCGAGUCAACGAGAAACCGGUUGUGUUAUUGAAAGUACAACCGCCUAAUCUAUAAGUCUACAUUGUGUGUGUGUGUUUGCGUUUGCUUAUAUUAUUUGUUUUCAUGUGUGCAUAUGUACAAGAUCAUGUUA